GUUAAUAUUUGUCGGCGCUGGGCUGUGAAAAAACAUCAGCAAAAAAAUGUAAACUCUUUAAGAGUUUUUCUUUCAUUGUAUUUGUAUAGCAAACAAACAAAUUUAUAAGAAAUUAAAAGAGAUGUCAACCGGCGCUCCAAAUAAUAAUAAUGCUGCAUCCUCCAAUAAUAGUGGUAGUAAAACAACAACAACAAAUUCAACGUCCUCAACGAAAGUUCCUGCUGGUAACGAAAAGUCUAAUAAUGUAACAACAACACAGAAUGCCAAUACCUCAACAGCUGCCAUUCUCAAAUCGUAUCGAGAAAUUAUUAAAGAUCCCAAAAGUCUUGACGAGGCUGCCAACUAUUUAUAUCAGACGCUAUUAGAUGAUGCCAUUGUUGGUGUCUUUAUUGAAAUACAUCAUUUACGCAAGACUGGAAAUUUGACAGCACUCGAUGGAGUGCCGGACGAAGAAGCCGAGACCUCAUCAUUUCGCAUUGUUGAUAUGCCAAAUUUUGAUAUAUUUGGCAUUUCCACCGCCAAAAAACCUAUGGACUGCACCUGCCCCAACUGUGAUAGGCCUGUGUCGGCGGCUCGCUUUGCUCCCCAUCUCGAAAAGUGUAUGGGCAUGGGUCGUAUAUCGUCACGCAUAGCUAGCCGUCGUCUGGCCACCAAGGAGAGCAACAGUGCUAGCUCGUCUUCCUCCUCGUCGUACCUGCAAACAAAUGCCGGCAGUGAUGACGAGGACGAUGUUGACUGGUCGUCAGAGAAACGACGCAAGAAGUCAAGUCAAAAUUCCCGCAACAAUGGUUCCAAGAAAAAUAAUGGCAAAACAUUCUAAAAACUUUUCAUUUAAUUUUAAAAAAGAAAACACACACACAAACGUAUGCCAUAAGCGUUUUUAGUGUAUGAGCUUGCUGCUGCUCUCCUACCACCAAUGAACAUGUACCAUGUACUAGGACAA